CACCUUCAACCGGAGGGGUGAAGGUGAAGCCGGCCUGUCUGUCUCUCUCACUGCCUGUCGCUGCGAGCACCCUCUCCCGUCUCCUCCACCUGCACCGGGAUCAUCUGCUUAGCCCCGAGCCAUGUCCAUAUUCAGCGAUGUCCCGCAGGCCCCUCCCGUAGCGGUCUUCAAGCUAACCGCCGACUUCAGAGAGGACAGCCACCCGCAGAAGGUGAAUCUGGGAGUUGGAGCUUACCGUACUGAUGACAGCCAGCCCUGGGUGCUGCCGGUGGUGAAGAAGGUGGAGAGGCUGAUCGUGGAGGACGACAGCCUGAACCACGAGUACCUGCCCAUCCUCGGCCUGCCCGAGUUCCGCUCCGCCUCGUCCAAGGUCGCUCUGGGAGAUGACAGUCCCGCCAUCAAGGAGAACAGGGUUGGAGGAGUCCAGGCUCUGGGUGGAACUGGUGCGUUGAGGAUCGGGGCAGAGUUCCUGCGGCGCUGGUACAACGGCACCAACAACACAGCUACGCCCGUCUACGUCUCAGCACCCACCUGGGAGAACCACAAUGCUGUGUUUGCUGAUGCUGGCUUCAAAGACAUCCGGCCCUACCACUACUGGGAUGCUGCUAAGAGGGGCCUGGACCUCGCCGGGCUCCUGGAUGACCUGGAGAAAGCUCCAGAGCACUCCAUCUUCGUCCUCCACGCCUGCGCACACAACCCCACCGGCACUGACCCCACCCAGGAGGAGUGGAAGAAGAUCGCAGAGAUCAUGAAGAGGAGGAAGUUGUUUGUGUUCUUUGACUCCGCCUACCAGGGCUUCGCCUCCGGCAGUCUGGAAAAAGACGCCUGGGCCAUUCGCUUCUUCGUCUCUGAGGGCUUUGAACUCUUUGUAGCUCAGUCUUUCUCCAAAAACUUUGGCUUGUACAAUGAGAGAGUGGGGAACCUCACAGUGGUUGCCCAGGACAACGAGAAUCUGACCCGCAUCCUGUCUCAGAUGGAGAAGAUUGUCAGGACGACCUGGUCCAACCCACCGUCUCAGGGAGCACGCAUCGUCAGCAAGACCCUCAACUGCCCCGAGCUGUUCGCUGAAUGGAAGGGUAAUGUGAAGACCAUGGCAGACCGUGUUCUGUUGAUGAGGGAUCAGCUGAAGUCAAAGCUGCAGGCUCUGGGCACCCCGGGGACCUGGGACCACAUCACGCAGCAGAUUGGCAUGUUCAGCUUCACCGGCCUGAACCCCAAACAGGUGGAAUACAUGAUCAAAGAGAAGCACGUGUACCUGAUGGCCAGCGGCCGCAUCAACAUGUGCGGUCUGACCACCAAGAACAUCGACUAUGUCGCUCAGUCCAUCCACGAGGCCGUCACCAAGGUCCAGUAAAGGCCGCUUCCCUGUCCGCCCACUUCCUGCCUCCUGUACGCCACAGGAAGUAUCACCAUGUCUGUGCUCCCCUCCUCCUCUGCCCCGCCCCCUGCUUAUUCUCUCCUCCGAUUGGAUAAACUGCAGCAGGAUUUUUGCAGUUUGAACCAAUGGGAGGACGGAUAUGUUUCUGCUCUCACACAAAAGUAUAAAUCUUUGGGAGGUGCAAUGACUUUAGGGAAACACUUGAACAGUCAGGUAUCAGCAGAGCUCUGUGUACCCAAAUGUGUAGAAGAUAAAACAUUGUAAAUGUCUUUCAUCCAGGUCCCAUCGUUUUUAGGUCGCCUGCCUUUGUGCUGUUACACACUGGACGUCAGAACGUCAGCCAGUAAGAUUUUUAAUGAAAUUAUUGCGCUUCCUCACUAAUGUAUAGCACUUCAAGAGUUAAGAUGUGAUGUAUCUGUAGUAUCGAACAAAUGGCAGUACAGGUAAGUUCAUGUAAAUAGAUGUAAUCACUGUUAGAGGUCCUAAUAUUUCCUGUAAAAGCACCAAACUCCAGCUUUACUUCAGCUCUGAAAAUCAGGUUUGCAGCCAUCAGAAGCUACACACGAUAAUGAACUGGUACCGUGAUGUGUAUCACUGUAUAAAUGAAGUGACAAAUAGUUUUUAUGGUUAUUCAUUUUAGUUUUUGAAGACAACCAAUCCUCACAAUCAACUCGCCCCAGCAGAUUUAUUAUUUUGAAGUGUGAAGAAGCGGCAUUACGGGUUUAACGGUUAUCGUCUCUGUCAUGUGACUGAGUUGAAAGGUCACGUUUAAGGUUAAUGCAUGUGCCUGAUGUUGGAGUUUUUGCCUUGUCAGAACUGUGCAGCUACGUAGAAGAUCAUAAUGUUAGUUGAACUUCACAAAGCGACUUUGUGCCAUCAGUGAACAAAGGUCACCUCUCCUCUCUGUUAUUUUCUCUCCACCCUGCAGUGCCCUUACUGUGUUUCAGAAAGCCUCUGUAAAGUGGUCAGUUGUUUGUAAUGAGCUGCUCUCAUCAGACCUCACAGCCUGACACUUGUUCGCCACUCAGCCACCGCUCCCAUUAUGUGGUGUUGUUUGCAAUGGCACACAGCGAUAUGUGUUCAUACUGAAAUAAAUUAUAAACCACAGGAACCAACUGA